GUCAUGGCACGGCCACCGUCACCCGCGCUGGCACUCCUCCUCGCCCUGCUCUCUGCCAUCCCAGGUCUGGGGGUGCCGGGGGAGCACUGUGGGGUGCCCCCCCCCGCCUGGUGCCAGAGCUGGGAGACGGCACUGCGCUGUGGGGCCCUGGGGCGCUGUGCCCGCCUGGCCUGGGCACCCCCCGCCAUGUCACCCGUGUCCCCAUGUCCCCGCGCCUGGUGCCACCCCUCGCAGGACAUCUGUUCCGACUGCCAGCAGAUCGUCACCCUCCUCACCCGCAUGGCCAACGAGUCGGCCACCAAGGCGGCCGUGGAGCGCUUCCUGCGGCGGGAGUGCGCGGCGCUGCCGGUGCCCACCAUGGUGCCGCCCUGCCAAAACCUGGUGCACGAGUACUUCAGCCUCCUCCUUGAUGACCUCCAGGGGCACCUCAAGCCCUCGGCCAUCUGUGCCCGCCUGGAGCUGUGUCCGGGUGAGCCCGGGGGGGCCCCGGCCGUGCCCCCCCUUGGGGCACUCAGCGCCCGCCUGCAGGUCGCUGCCGGCAAGGCUCUGCCCGUGCCCAUGCCACUGUGCUGGCUCUGCCGCACCUUCCUGGCCCGCGCCGAGGCCUCUGUCCCCAAGGAGAAGGUGGCCACGGUGGCCGCGGGGCUGUGCCGGGCGCUGCCGGUGGUGGUGGCGGGCGCGUGCCAGUGCCUGGCGGAGCGGUAUGCGGUGCUGGCGCUGGAAGUGGUGCUGGGGCGCCUGGCCCCCCGCCUGCUCUGUCACCUGCUUCUCUCCUGCCGCCCCGAGGACGGGGCCGCCCCGCUGUCACCUCCCUGGAGGCCCCUCGGGGACACGGUGGCCCCGGCGGCUUCGUGUGCCGGCGCUGAGGACCUGGGACCAGGCCACGCCCUCCCCGCCCCGUCCCCAAAACUGGGACCCUGCGCCCUGGGCCCGACCUACUGGUGCUCCAGCCCCGAGGCCGCCCGCCGCUGCCAGGCUCUGCAGCACUGCCAGGAGCACGUCUGGGCAUAGAGGGGGGCAGGAGCAGCCCUCCCACCCCCCAAAUAAAGCUUGAAUCCCUGC